AUGCUAAUUGACUAUGGUGGAACAUACGCCUUUUUGGUGGUUAGUCUUCUACACCUAGAAAUUGACUUGCAUACCAAAUGUGUGGUGGAUGUAGAUGCAAACAAGGUUAUUCUUAAUCCUGUAAAUACUAAUCUUUCCAAAGGAGAUGCCCGAAGCCAGCCAAAGGUGUUUGCAUACGAUCAUUGUUUCUGGUCUAUGGAUGAAUCUGUCAGAGAAAAGUAUGCAGGUCAAGAUGAUGUUUUUAAGUGCCUUGGAGAGAAUAUUCUUCAAAAUGCUUUUGAUGGCUACAAUGCAUGUGUCUUUGCCUACGGACAGACUGGAUCUGGAAAAUCUUAUACCAUGAUGGGCACAGCUGACCAACCUGGAUUAAUCCCAAGACUUUGCAGUGGACUCUUUGAACGAACUCAGAAAGAGGAAAAUGAAGAGCAGAGUUUUAAAGUAGAAGUGUCCUAUAUGGAAAUUUAUAAUGAAAAAGUCAGAGACCUUCUUGAUCCCAAAGGAAGCCGUCAAACGUUAAAAGUCAGAGAGCACAGUGUGUUGGGACCCUAUGUCGACGGACUUUCUAAACUGGCUGUCACAAGCUAUAAGGAUAUUGAGUCUUUGAUGUCUGAGGGUAAUAAAUCUCGUACAGUUGCUGCAACCAACAUGAAUGAGGAGAGUAGUCGAUCCCAUGCGGUCUUCAAAAUCACCCUCACACAUACUUUGUACGAUGUGAAGUCUGGGACAUCUGGAGAGAAAGUGGGCAAACUGAGCUUGGUGGAUUUAGCUGGCAGUGAGCGGGCAACAAAAACUGGAGCUGCUGGUGACAGGUUGAAGGAGGGGAGCAACAUUAACAACUCCCAGAAGGACGUAACCAGUCAUUAUUUCAGUAUGAUGAGGGACAGUCUUGGGGGCAACAGUAAGACAGCCAUGGUAGCUACUGUGAGUCCAGCAGCUGAUAACUAUGACGAAACCCUUUCAACUCUGCGGUAUGCAGAUCGCGCCAAGCACAUUGUGAACCACGCUGUGGUGAAUGAGGAUCCUAACGCACGAAUCAUCCGAGAUCUAAGAGAAGAAGUAGAAAAACUCCGAGAGCAGCUAACCAAAGCAGAGGCAAUGAAGUCUCCAGAGCUAAAAGAACGGCUGGAAGAAUCAGAGAAGCUAAUCCAGGAAAUGACUGUGACCUGGGAGGAGAAGUUAAGGACAACCGAGGAGAUCGCCCAGGAGCGGCAGAAACAACUUGAAAGUCUUGGAAUAUCUCUUCAAUCUUCUGGAAUUAAAGUCGGGGAUGAUAAAUGUUUCCUUGUUAAUCUGAAUGCUGAUCCUGCUUUGAAUGAACUUCUGGUUUACUAUUUAAAGGAACAUACAUUGAUAGGUUCAGCAAAUUCCCAAGAUAUCCAGCUGUGUGGCAUGGGAAUUCUUCCUGAACACUGUAUUAUAGACAUCACGCCAGAAGGCCAGGUUAUCCUGACUCCUCAAAGGAACACCAGAACAUUUGUAAAUGGCUCUUCUGUGUCCAGUGCUAUACAGCUACACCAUGGGGACAGGAUAUUAUGGGGAAACAACCACUUCUUCAGAUUGAAUUUGCCUAAAAAGAAAAAGAAAGUAGAUCGAGAGGACGAGGAACAAGAUACCUCCAUGAAGAAUGAUACCAGUUCUGAGCAGCUGGAUAUAGACGGAGACUCCUCCAGCGAGGUAUCCAGUGAAAUCAACUUCAACUAUGAAUAUGCACAGAUGGAGGUUACCAUGAAGGCUCUGGCUAAUAAUGAUCCAAUGCAGUCAAUAUUGAACAGCGUAGAACAACAGCACGAAGAAGAAAAACGAUCCGCAUUAGAGCGCCAGAGACUUAUGUAUGAGCAUGAAUUGGAGCAGCUACGAAGAAGGCUGUCUCCGGAGAAACAAAACUGUCGCAGCUCGGACAGGUUUUCUUUCCAGUCCCCCAGCGCUCAGCAGCGAUUGAGACAGUGGGCCGAAGAGAGAGAAGCAACACUGAAUAACAGCCUGAUGAGGCUAAGGGAACAAAUUGUUAAAGCCAAUCUGUUGGUGAGAGAAGCUAAUUACAUUGCAGAAGAACUGGAUAAAAGAACGGAGUAUAAAGUAACCCUACAGAUUCUAGCCUCCAGCCUCGAUGCCAACAGGAAGCGAGGCUCUCUUCUUAGUGAACCUGCAAUCCAGGUAAGAAGAAAAGGAAAAGGAAAGCAGACUUGGUCCUUGGAAAAAUUGGACAACAGGUUGUUGGAUAUGAGAGACCUUUACCAGGAGUGGAAGGAGUGUGAAGAAGAUACCCCAGUAAUACGGUCUUACUUCAAGCGUGCCGAUCCAUUCUAUGAUGAGCAGGAAAAUCACAGUCUCAUUGGGGUGGCAAAUGUCUUCCUCGAGUCCCUCUUCUAUGAUGUGAAGUUACAAUAUGCUGUUCCAAUUGUCAACCAGAAAGGAGAGGUGGCAGGUCGGCUGCAUGUCGAGGUGAUGCGGAUCAGUGGCGACAUUGCGGAAAGGAUUGCCGGAGGAGAUGAUGCUGCAGAUACCUCCUUUGAUAAGGAGACCCAUGAGAACAAACUCACAUGCAUGGUUAAAAUACUCCAAGCCACUGGGUUGCCACAGCAUCUGUCCCACUUUGUAUUCUGCAAAUACAACUUCUGGGAUCAACAGGAUCCAGUAAUGGUCGCACCGGAAGUAGACACCUCAUCCUCUUCUGUCAGCAAGCAGCCUCAGUGCAUGGUUGUCUUUGAUCAUUGCAAAGAGUUUUCUGUUAACAUCACUGAAGACUUUCUUGAGCACCUUUCAGAAGGGGCACUGGCAAUUGAAAUAUAUGGCCAUAAGAUGACCGAUUCACCGAAAAACCCAGCCCUGUGGGAUUUGGGGAUUAUUCAAGCAAAAACACGUAGUCUUCGGGACAGAUGGAGUGAAGUCACCAGGAAAAUGGAAUUCUGGGUUCAAAUCUUGGAACAGAAUGAGAAUGGUGAAUACUGCCCCGUAGAAGUAAUUUCUGCAAAGGACGUGCCUACAGGAGGAAUCUUCCAACUCCGGCAGGGGCAGUCCCGGCGAGUACAAGUGGAAGUGAAGACUGUGCAGGAGUCUGGGACGUUACCACUGAUGGAAGAAAGUAUAUUGUCCGUUGGCAUUGGGUGUGUAAAAGUUAGAGCACUCAGAUCCCCGAAGACGCAUGAGACCUUCCAUGAUGAAGAGGAAGACAUGGAUAGCUACCAGGAUCGGGAUUUAGAGAGACUACGUAGAAAAUGGCUAAAUGCGUUAACAAAACGUCAGGAGUACUUAGAUCAACAACUGCAGAAGCUUGUUAGUAAACAUGCCACGACCCCAGUUCCUGGGAUGGAGACACACAUUCCUGUUAUAUUCCUUGAUUUAAAUGCGGAUGAUUUCAGCUCUCAGGAUAAUCUUGAUGACCCAGAACCUGGUGGAUGGGAUGCUACCCUUACUGAGGAAGAGGAGGACGAGUUCUUUGAACUGCAAAUUGUCAAACACCAUGAUAGAGAGGUGAAAGCGGAAGCUUCGUGGGACUCCGCAGUGCACAGUUGUCCUCAGCUCAGCAAAGGCACCCCUGCGGAUGAGCGAGUGUUUCUGAUUGUGCGGGUGACGGUUGGGCUCAGCCAUCCAGCUGACAUGCAGCUAGUGUUGCGCAAACGAAUCUGUGUCAAUGUGCAUGGCCGGCAGGGUUUUGCUCAGAGUCUCCUAAAAAAGAUGUCUCAUCGAAGUUCUAUUCCUGGCUGCGGAGUGACUUUUGAGAUUGUCUCCAAUAUCCCAGAGGAUGCCCAGGGAGUAGAGGAACGAGAAACAUUAGCGAGAAUGGCAGCUAAUGUGGAAAACGCGGCUUCUGCUGACUCCGAGGCUUACAUUGAAAAAUACCUUCGAAGCGUGCUGGACGUGGAGAACCUGCUCACUCUGGAUCGCCUUCGCCAGGAAGUUGCGGUGAAGGAGCAGUUGACGGCCAAAGGGAAACUGAGUAGGAGGAGUAUCAGCUCUCCCAAUGUGAACAGAUUGUCUGGCAGCCGACAAGAUCUCAUUCCUUCUUACAGUCUAGGCAGCAACAAGGCCCGGUGGGAAAGUCAACAGGAUGUAUCCCAAAUCGCAGUUUCCAGAGGAGCCGCUCCGGUCGCCCCAUCCCUCCCUGGUUGUCCCCAGAAUAACCAUUCUCCUGAUCCAGGACGUAGUAGCCAAGUGGCCUCCUACCUGACCCCAGUCAAAUCCUUCGUGCCACAGAUGCCCAAGCUGCUGAAGUCCCUCUUCCCUGUGCGCGACGAGAGAAGGGGCAAACAGCCAUCUCCCCUUGCACAUCAGCCGGUGCCCCGCAUCAUGGUGCAGCCUGCCCUCCCGGACCCCAGGACGACCAGGGUGGCGGAGGCUCCCCGAGAGAGCACGGGGGUGAGUGUGGCCCCCGACGUGACAGUGCCGACUGCCCCCGCGGUGAAGACCCACGACAAACCCACUGAGGUGCCUUCGCCGCAGUGCGCGGCCAUCAACACCCAGGUCCCCGAAGUGCAGGACGGGCCACCCAGCCCCGUGAGCGAGGCCUCCAGCGGGUACUUCUCUCACAGUGUCUCCACCGCUACGCUGUCAGAGGCCUUCGCCCCUGGCAUGGAUGCUGCAGCCCAGGCGGGUGGGCAGACGCCCGGCUCACCCCCUCUUGUCCCAGGCCGGGCCGGCCCGGAGACCGAGCCCCUGUUUCCGAGUGCUGCUCCCGGAGCUGACAGCGCCCUCCCUGCCUCUCCGGAGGGACAGACCCGCCUUCUGUCACUACCUGUCUCAGCAGCGCAGACUCCACGGAGUGACGGCGACAGUGGGGCCCCGGCCCAGGGAGCAGCGUCCUCAGAGCAGCAGCAUAAAGAAGCAGGCACUUCGCCAGCUCCUCUGCCCCCUCCCGCCCCCCAGGAGUCUCCCAGCCCGCAGAGCGGGGGCGAUGGUUCCCCCGCCACCAAGCCGCUAGGAGGACCCAAGGACCAGGCCCGGCCAGCCACCAGCGCAGAGCCGGGGGUCUCCAAACCACAGCUGGCGCCUGACCUCCUGUCCCAGUCACCUGCCCCAGCCUCCCCGUUCAGAAUCCGCAAGGUGCGGACCUCGGAGCUGAAGUCCUACCCAGGAGGGCCUGGCGAUGGCAGCUCUGGAGGUCAGACCCUGGAGAAGCUGGAAGUGUCCUCCGAUUCUGAGGAAGCCAGUGAAGUCCCAGAGUGGCUCCGCGAGGGAGAAUAUGUCAUCGUGGGCGCCAACAAAGGGGGCGUCGUGAGAUACAUCGGGCCCACCGACUUCCAGGAGGGGACGUGGGUCGGAGUGGAGCUCGACUUACCCUCAGGUAAGAACGACGGCUCCAUCGGAGGGAAGCAGUACUUCAAGUGCAACCCUGGCUACGGGCUGCUGGUGAGGCCGGCCCGGGCUGUGGAGCCCGAUGUUGGUUAUUGGGGCCUAUUUGCCCACGAGGCCAACAUUCUCAAGUCCUGGCACCCAACUGUAGACAGUGCGGGUUCCCAGCAGCUCUGGGGACAUCAGCCCAGUCCCUUGGAUCUGGGAGGAGAGAAUGUAGCUGGUCAAAAAAAAUGGGCUGAGAGGCAGGAGGAGUGUCGUGUGGAGAUGCGCCACACUCCUGCCCUGGAAACCAGCUCCAGCCAGGAAGCCCGCGAUGAGGCUCCGUGCUGGAGCCGAGGCAACGGAAGAGCUGCUGUUCAGACGAAAGGAUGUGACCGGAGGUCCUGA